UAAUUAUCAAAUAAGGGCGGUACUCGCAUGAAGAACACUUUGUAAACAGUAAGAUACGACGAACAGUUUCUGGUUUUCGGAUUCGGACGGAGCUAUGUUUAUUCUCUUACGAGCCACGGUCGCGACAGGCAAGGGACGAUUCGCUCCGUUGCUUUAGACGGCUUCAAGUGUAAACAUAGCGAAUAUUCUUACUCUCAGAAACAUCGCGAUGAUGCAGGAUCUUGUGCAUUUAUACGACAUCUCAACACGUUACUUUCGUGAUUUCGUUGCCGCUUGCAUGCAUCAUUUACUUUUAACCGCGUACCGCGAAAUAAUACAUAUGUUUCUCCUGAUCUUAACAAUUUUUAAUUGAGCGAUGUGAAGUUUUUUCAAGUGCGUGUUAUUUAACUUGUUGUAAUUUUCAUUUGCUGCAGUAAAACAGUGUAAAUGCUUCGUUUUUGGAGGCUUAGAAAAAAUGUCUGACGUCGAUUGAGAUUUCAAUUAUUCCAAACGUCAAGAAGAGUGAAAGAAGCUUGACGGUACAAUCAACUCGAACUACGAAAAUUUUAGGUAUCAUCGGUCGCGGACAUUCUGCCGAUGGUGUGAUAGCUCCGAAGGCCACGAGGGUAUCGUGUAACGGAGAAAGAAACGGCGACCUCUAGGGGUACCAGCGAAGUUUUCGCUGAACGUCAAGAUUGCUGCGACCACAAUCAGUCAGGAUGUCCUUCCCACUUACCGUUUUCAUACGUUCUCUGCCGAGGAUCCAGUUGUCCCAGCGUACACGCGCCUAUUCCGUGACCAGCGCGCGACCGAUGGAAGAAGAAAAGAAGGGAAUAAGUUUUAAACCACGCCGAGCAGGAUCUAAACAAGGAAAAUAGCCGAAAGUCGUUGUCGAAGAAAACAUGGCUGUCGUUUGAAUCGCGAUGUGAACGAUAGAAGUUUUUUUUUGUUAAUUGUAAUCAAGUGCCGCGAAUAGUAUAUAAAGUGAUUAUUACUUUUCACGGUUUUGAGAAGAUAAAAAAAUCAUCGAAAACGGAGGACGCUAACAACAACAUGUCGUACCUUGCCUUGGAUUCCAACGCCUGGCAGGACCGUUUGACGGGACAUGGGGGCAUAUCCUCGCUGGGCGGUGGAAACUCGUCACCGUAUUCGGGGGCGCACCACCACGGUCACAGAGGAAAUGGAAACGGAGGUGGCAUGCCGCACCACGGUGGCGCCUCGCUUCCAACCGCCUCAGAUUUCCAGCCACCGUAUUUUCCGCCGCCUUUUCCUUCGCACCAUCACGCGCCCGCCAGUCCUCAGCACCCCGGUCUGGGACAACCUCAGCACCUCGACUACCUUGUCAGCGAUCCGUACGCCCAAUUGAACACGCUACAUCAGCACCACUAUAACCAACUAUCCGCCGCGGUUACGGCUGGCCAAAGAAGCGGCGACCUCAGGAGGGACGCCGAGAGCAUUCAUGUGACGAACAUGCAUGCCUCGUUUCCCUACGAUGGUGGUCGAGGCAGCGGAGGAGGUGGCGGCGGAGGCGGAGGUCGAGGCGUCGAGUACGGCGGCGUCAGACGUCCCGACGCCCUGCUGCCACCCCCGGGACUCGACCAAACCGACCUAGUACUACACACAAGCCUCGUUGACGACCCCCAGGUGAGCGAUGAUAACACGAACGUCGACGACGGUGGUUUCAUGAACGAUCUGCCUAUCCUAAAGAGCAUGAAGACGUCGGAGAGAGGCGAAAAAGGGAUGCUUUCUGGGAACGCUCAGCCUGCAGACGUCUUCUGCUCGGUACCCGGCCGACUUUCUCUAUUGAGUAGCACCAGCAAGUACAAAGUGACGGUGGCAGAAGUCCAAAGACGGUUGUCACCCCCGGAGUGCCUCAAUGCUAGUCUUUUGGGCGGCGUUCUGAGGAGAGCAAAGUCUAAAAAUGGCGGCAGACUCUUGAGGGAAAGGCUGGAUAAAAUCGGCCUCAAUCUUCCGGCUGGCAGAAGGAAGGCGGCCAACGUUACGCUUCUAACUUCCCUGGUUGAAGGAGAGGCUAUACACCUUGCCAGAGACUUCGGCUACGUCUGCGAGGCUGAAUUUCCCGCAAGACAAAUUGCCGAGUAUCUUAGCCGGCAGCACUGCGAACCCCAGGAUUCGUACAGGCGGAAAGAACGGCUCCAUGCCGCGAAACAAAUCACCAAAGAGCUGAUGGACCUUCUAAACCAGGACAGGUCGCCUUUGUGCAAUACACGGCCAUCGCACAUCCUAGACCCGAGUAUACAGCGACACUUGACGCACUUUUCGCUGAUAACGCACGGCUUUGGAAGUCCAGCGAUGGUCGCAGCUCUCACCGCGGUACAGAAUUUUCUCGGGGAGUCGCUUCAGCAUAUGGAAAAAAUGUACCCGGCAAACGGAAGCGGUGUGACGAGCAGCCAGCAGCCGAAUCACGAAGGUAAUAAGAACAACAAGGACGGAUCCCUGAUGAACGACAUGAAAAAGUGACGCCCGGAAGACCCGCCAACCUCGAACGUGGUUACAUCGAUCAGACACUCCUGGCCCUACAACUAAAUAGCGAAAACUAUCAGAGAGAAAAGUAAUUCACAAUGCAAACACACACACAGAGAGACUUGUUGAUUCUCUACGGUAGAAAAUAUUAUAAUACAACAAAAGAAACGCUGAUACUGAAUAUCACCGUUUUUUUUUUUUUUUUGUUGUUGUCGGUAACAGCAAUCGUAUAAUAAAUGUAAACAACGUAAUGUAACGGGGUACAAGGAGUGGGUAACUCGAUCAAUGGUCAAAAAGGGGGUUGGCAGGUCUGACAAAAGAACAAACAAGUAAUGAAAAGAAAAACUACGUAACUAAAACACAGUUUUUUCUCUCCUUUUUUCACUUUCUCUCCUGCAGACAUCUCGUAAGUACCGAAUGGAUCCAUUGAAUGCUUUAUAGAAUGCUCUGCAACAUGUCCAGCAGGAAAGCAUUCACAAACUCGAGCUAUAUCUGUAUCGCUAGUUGUUCAUACGACUAUAGGAAAGGUAGAAGAAAAAUGUUCCAUCUUUCGUUUUCAAUCUAGAAAUUCAAAGAAUGUAGUCGUCGAGUAGCGAGCAAUCUUUACAUCGGAGGACGAAAAGAAUAUCGGAUCAUUUUCUGGGCUUUUCCGAGUUCGAAUCGAGCUCGCGAAAUCGGAAGUGAAAGAAAAUUUGUAAUGAGGAAGUACGUAAUACGAAAAGAGCCAUCCGAGGCUACGGCUAUGUAACAGAAGUUACGAACGGUUGUCUAUGACGUAAUGAAUUUGAUGAAAAUUCAUAUUGAAAUGGACGACCUUGGUGGCGGGAUAUUAACGAGCAGAAAAAAAUCUUUAAAAAGCGAUAAGCUGUUUCUCGUUGAAACCUUUCUCAGUCGUAAAUUUAGAUGCUAGCUGCAGUUUAUAUUUUGAUUACGAAAAUACCAAUUUUAAUUUACUAUUAUUAUUAUUCUCUAGGAGAAUUGUGCCAACGUGAAAGAUAAAAAAAAAAAACUAGUUGCCAUUUAAAACGUGCCAAUU